UGCUGAAGAAGAGUGGUGCGAACAGGAAGCAAGCAUAUGCCGACCGAGAGGAGUUCACAGACCGCAGGGCCAGCUACAAGUGAGAGAGAGGGGAAAAAAUACAACAAAACUAGCACUGUUCAUUGACGCAAGGUUUGCACUAACAGGAAGAAACCAGACUGCAUGCUCUGCAAGAGGAAGUGUCGCCUGUAUCUGACAGCAGAAGCAGCAGAGCAGCUCACCCCGUCUUCCUGAGGCUCCACAUACAGCUCGUCUCCGAUCCGGGACAGAGAGUGGAGGGCUUUGCCGAGCACUGGACGUGCACAAGAUGUGAGGAACGCUGCCGUGAAGUCACUCUCCUCCCAUCAGAGGUGAUAUAAGCAGCUGCUGAAGAAGAGGUGUGACUAAAACAAGUUUGUGUGCCCAAACUGUGGACGUUAGUUUUUUCAUGAGAGAAGGACUUUUGUUGCAAAGUUCGAGGACUGUUGAAUGGGUGGAUGUAAAAUUGCAGCGAGGCACAUUUAAGAAGCAGCAGGAAGAUCGGCGGUAAAAUGUGGGCCUUGGUUUGCUUUUGUGGUGAGGAACUGUUCGCAUGAUGGAAAGAGAUCAAAAAACUCAACAGGAGCAAGCCAGUCCCUGAAGGAGUCUUUUGAACCAAAGCUGGACAAAAGGAGUGAAAUGAUUCUAGCACAGGUCCAUUUUUCUGUCCUGAUAUCCAGCCCCAGCCAAACACAGCAGUGAGUGGAAGCCAUUUCUAAUUAGCUGGUUGUGCUGCAUUGUUCACAUGUAUUUCAGUGACACCAAAAUUUGACACACAGACUUUUUGUUCCUAGAUGUCUCAGUCACCUCAUACAACAGACAAUCAGGCCUUGCUGCAGUCUAUGCUGCAGAGACUAAAGCUUCAGCCGGGAAGAGAUGGCCAGAGUGUUUUUCAAACCCCUGUAUCCCCUUCUGUAGCUCCUGCUCUGGGGCAGAACAGUGAGAGAGGAGAACCCAGCCUCCAGGAAGUUGACAACAGACCUUUGAAUGUGUUUAGUUUUAAUGGGAACCCUUCAAAGGAGUUCACAGUUCCGUCCACGAACAAUACUUCAGGCUUCAAAAGUGUUGAAAAACAGCAAGCAAGUCCUGCGUUUGAAGGGCGCAGGAGUCCAACUUUCUUCCCUUCGCAGAAAGUCAGCACCGAUGGAGAGUCAGGUGAGAAGAGGGAGCUGGGACACGCUCCAAAGCCUGGGUUCUCGCCAACAGGUACGAGGCAGCUGUUUUCUGCUAAACCACAAAAGGAGGUUAAACUCACUUUCUUCAAGAGGACUGAUGUGGAGAAAGAGAGCAUUGGCAGAUCUUUGAUGACGGGACAGAUCGCUGCUAAUACUCACACUGUUUCAGACAUGACGCCAAACCAGAACCAUGUCCCGGUGUUGAUGAGCACAGAUUCUGGCCUGGCUGGUGGGGAAAACACAGGAUUUCUUGUUGGAAAUGGAGGAAUCAGCAGUUUGGAACAAAGUAAAGAUGUGCAGGUCUUUUCAAGCAGCCAAGUAACAACAAACACAAGGAGAAAGCGAUCAUCUGAGAAUAAAACGAGAAGAUGGACACAGAAGAUCAAGGAGAGGUUUAAGGACAGACAUGGCAACAUUGGAAAAAAGGGAAAAGAAGAUGGAGCUCAUGAACAAGAAACACAAGUAAUAACGGCAGAAACACCAGUCAACAAACCAAACAACGAUGCAGAAACAACCUUUUUUCCAUUGGAUUGCAGUGAUUCCAGCAAAUUGCAUCCUUCACAAAUAGAAGGCAACACUACUGAGAACAACAGCAGCAGUGACUUUGACAUCGGCCUGGGGUCAUUCAGCCUUCUGGAGGAGAUCGUCAAGGGUCAGGAGUGGGCUAAGUUCAUAAAACCAAACCUUUCCAUAACCUCAGUAACUGAGAGACCGUCAGAGGAGCCAUCAAGCCAACCUUAUAUUCAGCCAAAUCCUUACAGUCUUAAUCAGUCACCGGGGAGUUUGAAUCAGGUUGGAAUUGGGAGCAACCAGUGGAGCUGCAGGAGUACAGCGUCCUCACCUGGUCCAAUCUUCAGCAUGCCAGAGUCAGCCCCUGUGAGCAAUGACAUUUCAGCAUUAAAGCAACACGCUGACCAGUCGGAGCCAAUGGAAGAUGAGCAAAGCCGAUCAGAAAUGUUGUCCAGACUUCAGCUUAGGCUUUCAGCAUUCUCAGAGCCGUUGGGCAACCCUUGCCACUCAAUAGGGAGAAACAGAAUCCAGAUGAGCAGAAAGAGGCAACAUCAGCCGGCUGAGAGGAGAGAGGAGAGGCUUCAGACUGAAAAAAUGAGUGAUGGAGAAAAGACAAACAAAGCAGGGCCCCUAUCUUCAUCCUCAUCAAGCAGCAUCCAAAAGAUGGAAGAAUCAGUGGAGCCACAGCAGGAAACCGUCUCACCUUCACAUGAGCAAAGGUCUCAUCCUAUCCCUCUGUCUCCAACAUCAUUUAAUAUUUAUGCUCCUCCUCCCCGGAGUGUCCUCAGACACAGCUUGUCCCAUGACUCCGAAUCCUCAAUGGAAACGAUGACAAAACGGAGACGAGUUGAGGAGAACCGCCGCGUUCGUUUUUGCGAGCAGGUGAUCACCAUAGCAUCCCCGGACAUGGAAGAUACGGACUCGGAGGUGGAUUUGGGAGCAGAUGAGGACUCUUUUUUGGAGCCGGACUAUGGGGCAGUGCAGGCAGAAAUAGAUGAGGUGUUGCCAGCCCGUCGUUCAAAUCUCCCUGCAUGGAUACAGGCUCUGAAGAGGAUGAACACAGGGAAAAAGCCCAGAUAGUGACUGUAGAACAGGAAUAAUAAACAUCUGAUCUACUAGAUUAGUAAUGUUUGAAAAUGCAUUUUUACAAACUUCAUAUUUGAUGAUGUAGCUUGUCUCAAAAUUGGAUUUAUCGCAUUCUUAAAGUGGCAGUAUUUCUAAACUGACUUUAAACCACUGGUAUCUAAUUUAAAGAAGUCUUUGAUUCUUUAGUUACAGGACUGUCUUAGUUAUUUUAUGUUUUAUACAAGAAAUACAUAGAAACAAUAUGAGGUGAAUAAUCCUAUUGUAUGUGUGUCGAAUAUCUCUGGACACUUGAAGAAACAGCUUUGUUGACAAGCAUUUGACCAUAUCAUGCUCCUAGCAGCAAAAAGAUUUAAACAACUGAGGGAAAUGUUACUCUGCCAUUUUUCUCCAUCAGUCUCCUACAGGACAGCAGCAGAUUGCUGUCUGAUCUAAUAUAUUUGUUGCUUACUCCCAGCAGAUAUCCUGUCUCUCUGUAAUGAUUCUCUGCCAGACUGGAGCAAUUGACCCCCAUGAUGGUUCUCAUCAGCAUGUGGUCUCUAACUCGGCCAUUUGCUUGUACGUUUGAAAGUGAAGCUUCCAAGCCAGACGUUUCUUCAUCCUAUGAAGAAAAUAAUGAUUAUUAUCAACAAUUGUCAAUUUCAUAAACAUUUAAGGUAUGAUGCACAAGGACAUAAAGUUGGUCAGUGUUCAACUGUUUUGAAAAUAUACUUGUUUGGCUUCUGCUGUGACUGAUGAGAAUAACGAGACAAUUUACAAAUUACUUUAUAUAAAAACAAUGGUUAUAUAUAUUAAAAGGCAUUUUGUAUCUGAGAUUUGUUGUAUUGUUCAUUCAUAGAGAAAAGUUAUUUAUUAUUUCGGGGCAUUUAGAUGUGUUGGAAAGUAAAUUGUGUUUCCUUGGGACUAAACCAGGCAAAUUAUUUACUGUGCCAAGAAAAUAAAGAAACCAUCCGUCUCCUUGCUGCUUUAUUUUUAAAUAAAGAUUGGUGUACUUUCAAUAAGAUGUCGAGCUCAUAUUUGCAACCCUAUUCAAUAAAUUAGAAUAUUAAUGAAAAGCUCAUUUAUUUCCGUUUCUCAAUUCACAAAGUGAAAGACAUUAUUUAGUUAAAUUACACACAGACUGAUGUGUCCAAGCCUUUACUUCUGCUAAUUAUGAUGAUUUUCAUUUCUUCUCUAGAAAUUCAUGUAACAUGAUUAGAUCCAUGUCUGUGGUGUUGCAGCCACUUACAGUUCUUCUGGUUAAAGCCCAAAACAACAACCAGCAGUAAAAUAAAUGUUUUGGGGUUAAGAAAAGUCUUUAAAUUUCAGAGGACGAAUGAGGACAACUGUAGAUAAGAGAGUUAAAAAUGUCCUGUUGGAUUCAGCUCAUCCCUGGUAGGACAUUUUUGAUAGUCACAGUGGAUCCACAUGACAUAGCAACACCAAUGCUGUUGAUUAAAGAUCAUUCCUAAAAUGUGAAAUACAAAAUGCAAUACAAAUAAUGUUUGUUUGAAAAUGAGUAAACAAGCACCUUAUGCUGAAGUUGUACUGAAUAAAAUACUUGUUCGCUCAAACCGCUA